UGCGCCAUCUGCAACUCUUUCUUUCCGGUUACUUUUAGAACCGAGUGUAUGUACUUUUUGUGCAUCGAAUUUAGCAUCUAAUUGCAAGACAAGAUGCCUUCCGUAACGUUGAAAGAUGUUGACCAACACAAAUUUGUGAAAGCUUUUGCCGCUUUCUUGAAAAAGACCGGUAAAAUGCGAGUUCCAGAAUGGGUAGAUAUUGUAAAGUCUGCACGUUUCAAGGAACUUGCUCCAUACGAUCCAGACUGGUACUACAUUAGGUGUGCUGCUUUGGUCCGUCACAUUUACAUCCGCAGCCCAAUUGGUGUAGGAUCAGUGACAAAGAUUUUUGGAGGACGCAAACGUAACGGUACCCAUCCCAGCCACUUCUGCCGUUCUGCUGGUGGUGUUGCCCGCAAAGCUCUCCAGAGCUUAGAACAAUUGAAACUUAUCGAGAAGGCCCCACUUGGUGGACGCAAAUUGACCAGCCAAGGCCGCAGGGAUUUAGAUCGUAUUGCGGCUCAAGUGAAAGCAAAAAGCAAAAAACAACUUAAAUUGCAAGAAACACUCUGCAUCUGAUUUUUCUAUCUCUGAAAUAAAAAUGGAAAACUCAUA